UCCACAAACAGCACAGUUAAAGUUCCUCUUUUAUAUAUUCCCAGAUUCUCCUUCGUCUAAGUUCCACUUCAUCUCUCUCUCUCUCUCUCUACACUUAGAUUUUCAAUUCUUAAUCCCAGAGAUAAAGAAAAUGACUAAAAUCUCUGUUGGAUUGCAACUUGUGACAACAGAUUCAAAAGAGAAACUAAACAACAUAGUGAUAAAAUCUUCAUUGAGACCAAACCGAUCUAAUCCAAACAUCUCGGAGCUCUGUUUCCUCAAAACAUGUCAUCUCUGUCUGAAACAGCUCCGUGAAGACAAAGAUGUUUACAUGUACAGAGGGGACUUGGGAUUUUGUAGCAGAGAGUGUAGAGAAAGUCAGAUUUUGAUCGAUGAGAAGAAGGAAUUAGAGGCUUCAACGAAGAUGAUGUUGGCUUCUUACAAACGCUGUAACUCCGGCGCCGGAAAAAGCGAGAAUCGGAUUUUGUUGGAUGAUCUCCGGCGGCGACGCCAGCUAUUUAUAGUCCCUUAAUGCAAUCAUCCACUUCAGUAAUUAGUAAUUAUAGUUUUUUGUUUGUUUAAACACCUUAUUAGUACAUACUAUAAUAUAUAGAAGAGUCAUGUUAAUUAAAUUGUAUCUCCAUUGUCAAAUGUUUUUAAUAUAUAUGGUGAUCUUAGGUGGGAUUGGGAAUGGAUAACUACUGAUUGAAUAAAAAAACAUUAAAGUUAUCAGAUGUUUUGCAGUUAAUCUUUGUUUAGUGAGAGAAUCUAUUUUCUUAACUGUCAUAUGAUAUCACAACUCAUAACCAAUGUACGUAUGAUUAUUCAAUAUCAUAUUCAGAUUGGAUCUCAG